AUGCAGUCGUGCAGGCGGAGCAGCAGAGGGAGGAUAAAGGUACCCACGUUUCAGCUUCUCUGGACGAGGAGGACGUGUUGCCGUCCCAACAGUUGGCAAGCAUCCGUGAUAUUUUCUGGAUGCGGACAGCUGGCGGAGGCAGAAAACGCAAAGUUGCUGAUUCUGUGUAUGUUGCCGAGCGCUUGGACGAGGAUGACGCCGAGAUUGGCAAAG